UUGAAUCCAAGCUCCAGACUUCGAUUGUUUCGGGCACUAGUGAUUCUCCCAGCACCCAACCAAGCUCCGUCCCAUCCACAACACCUUCAUCUCUUCCUUCAGGUAGCCCUAGCCUCAGUUUGAAUCCAAGCUCCAGACCUUCCAUUGUUUCGGGCACUAGUGAUUCUCCCAGCACCCAACCAAGCUCCGUCCCAUCCACAACACCUUCAUCUCUUCCUUCAGGUAGCCCUAGCCUCAGUUUGAAUCCAAGCUCCAGACCUUCCAUUGUUUCAGGCACUAGUGAUUCUCCCAGCACUCAACCAAGCUUCAGCAAUCAGCCUUCCAUUAUGCCUAGCCUCAGUUUGAAACCAAGCUUGAGCAAUCAGCCUUCCAUUAGCCCAAGCAGCAGUUCACAACCAAGCAUUAGUUCGAAACCAAGCCUGAGCAGUCCGCCUACCGCCGUCCCUAGCAGCAGUCUGCAACCAAGCUUCAGCAAGCAGCCUACCAAUAGCCCUAGCAGCAGUUUGAAUCCAAGCGUGAGCUCCAUUCCAUCUGGGACACCUUCAUUCUUUCCCUCAACACUCCCAUCUACGGUGCCUUCCUCGCCGCCAUCCUCAGCUUUUGGCAGCACACCGUUAGUAUUGCAAUCUGCCGGCUCUUCUCUGACCAGCAACAACGAAUCCAGCGAAAGUUUUGAGCCUCCCACCAGUGUUGCUAGUAGUACCGGUAGCAGCACUAUUAUCCGGCCGCUUGUGAUUUUCCAACCUCCCACAGCAGGCGCAAGCACAACAGAUGGAGCGCUCCAGCAAGGGUUCCAACAGGGCAGUUCCGCUGUGGAAGAAGAGGACGAGGAACAAUGGACCUUUGAUGAUGAUGAUGCUAUUUUGGAACAUGAGGUCGACGCAUCACUUCAGUUUGAACAAGACAGCACUACCAGUGAGGAGGUUGGGAACGUAUUCGAGCAUAGGAAGCGUGGUGAAUCAUGAAUCAUUUGCUUCUAUCUCGAUCGGUGGACCCCGCAACAAGUUCAAGCCUUAAUUUGGGCGUGGCUCAUAUUGGUCGCUCCCCAGUAGGUAGUUUCUUGCUUGUCGCCCCCUGCCUGGCUGAUUAUCCCAUGGAACCUAUACGGUAAGACCAUCCCGGCCUGCGGCUGGUACUGUGGGUUUUGAAAAGGAACAUUCCGAGUUCAAUUCAGAUCUGUUGAUGGCUUUAGCUGGUACCCUCCAAGCCCAAUGGCACCAUCUUCGAUCGCCGGCGAUCGCCGCCUUCACAAAUAAUGUGGGUGCCAGUAAAUUAGAUCACUCCCCUUGCUUCUGCUACUGCCUCCAAAACUCAAUUUUCCUACUCUCAAAUGAUGUUCUUCAUGCAGACCCGUAUCUCCAUUGCCCUUGUGAAAGCUACCCAUUUAUGUCUCCGUGGAUCCCGCAAAGCCAAACCCUUUGCCCCCCGUAAUGGUCCUCAAUUUCUUGCCCCUGAUCCCACAGAACCUAGUCCUGAAUUUCGACUGUUCUUUGCUUAAGCCUGGCCCUGGCUGGCUUCCGUAGAUAAUUUCCCUACUCUAAAACCCCCCUGAUCACUCCCC